GCUGUUGUUGUGGAAAUUUUUCAAGUAGAAAAUUUCACCAGAAAAUGUCACUGGAUUUGACCCUGGAUGCCGGAGAGGAGAUGCGUUUCCUGAACAAGGUUAGCCGAUUAGUGCGGCGGUUGGUGAAGAAGACCCAUUUCACGAACCAGGAGCUGGAGGUUUGUCUGCUGAUGUACCACAAGCUUUCCAAGGACGACGAGGACAACCAGGGGAAGGUUUCCCGUCAUCAGCUGGAUGUGGUUUUUGAUAGUGUUUUCGGGAUAUCCGAUAGCGAAACGGUUGGACGAAUCUGUGCCGCACUGGACAAUGGUGUCACUGCCUUCAUUAGUAUGGAAUCGUGGGCCAAAAUGUUGUCCCUGUUCCUCAGAGGGACCUUUGACGAGAAAAUUGAACACUGCUUCCGAGCGUACGACAUCGGAGGAGAAGGCAUGAUUCGACGUGAGCACAUGAUGAUUUUGCUUAGGAACUGCUUCAUCAGACACCAGGAGGAGGAAGUUGAAGAAUUUGUAAAGGACCUUGUUGACAUUCUCAUUCGAAGGAUGGACGUCGAUCGAGAUGGAGCCAUUUCUCUGGAGGAUUUCCGUGUAUCGGUUCACAAGUCCCCGGAGCUGCUGGAAUGCUUUGGACAAACCCUGCCUGAUCGAGCGCAUGUUUAUGCGUUUUCCAGAACGUUCUUAGAUCGAGUAGCUGAGUUCUGACACAUUAUCUCGUGAUACAUCAUUUCAACUGUUACGUAAGCGAAUA